AUGGCGCUCCUCCUGUCCCCCACCGUCUCCUUCCUCGCCCCCUCCCCCUCCUCCGCUCCUCGUGCCCGAGCUCUCUCCAGCUCCACCGCCACCGCCACCGCCGCCAGCAAUAAUGCCUUCCCUUACCUCGCCUCGAGACUUCAGUGCAAGACUGGCGCCUCAGUCAGCCAUGUUUCUCUUGCCAAGAAGAUGCCCGUGGUUGUCCACGCUUCUGCAGAGGCUGGUCCAACUGAUGCGGCAGAGCAACCAGAGAAGCCAAAACCAGUGGCUUCGAUCGAGGACAUGCCGUUCGAGUCCAAGCAGCGGAUGAUCCUGGAGCAGAGGGCACGGAUGAAGGUGGCCAAGAAGCUGAGGCAGCGGCGCAAGCGGCUCGUCCAAAAGAGGCGGCUGAGGAAGAAGGGCAGGUGGCCACCGUCCAAGAUGAAGAAGCUCAAGAACGUGUGA